AUGGACAAAAAGCAACAUUCAAAAUCAACUGCUAGUGGAUCAUCUUCUCCUUCCACAAUAAAUAAACCAAAAAAAUCAUCAUCAACAACAACAGCAGCAUCACUACCAACAACAACGACAAGCAGAAAUGCAGUACUUCCUCAAACUGCUCGUCGGAUUCUUCAAAAUUUCCUUUUGGUAUGGCUCGAUGCCAAUUUGCAAGAAUCAGAUAACGAUUUUAAGAAUUCAUUGCAACAUCUGCGAAAAAUUGUGGCAUCUAUCACAACGUUUACGGAUGCUCAAGAAUGUGUCAAUUUCCUAAGUGAAAUCAAAAAAGAAAAGGUAUUUAUGAUUGUAUCCGGUUCCUUGGGUCGUCAAAUAGUACCAGAAAUCGAAGCAUUGCCACAACUGGAAGCAAUUUAUGUGUUUUGUGGUAACCAAUCGGUUCAUGAACAAUGGGCUAAAAAAAUAAGCAAGGUUAAGGGUGUAUAUACUAAAAUAGAACCAAUUUGUCAAGCACUUGAAAUCGAUCGACAACGAUGUGAUCAAGCUAUGAUCCCGGUCAGCUUUAAUGGGCUUGAUCCAUUAUUUAUGUAUACACAAUUGUUAAAGGAAGCACUCUUGGAGAUCGAAGAUGAUGAUAAAAAAUCCAUCAAAGACUUGACUGAUUAUUGUCGUGAACAAGAUGAUAUUUCUGAAGAUCAAAUUAAACUUGUUGAACGUGAAUAUCGUGAUCAUACACCAAUAUGGUGGUAUACAGCGGAGACAUUUAUUUAUCCCAUGCUCAAUCGUGGACUCCGACAAAUGGAUGUUGACAUCAUCCUUAAAAUGGGCUUUUUCAUACGUCAUUUACAUAAACAUAUUACCGAACUACAUCGCGACCAACAAGGAAACAUGCCAACAAAUUUUCAAGUCUUUCGUGGACAAGGUUUGUCCAUUGAAGACUUUGAAAAAAUGAAAAAAACCAAAGGAGGACUUAUGUCCUUUAAUAAUUUCUUAUCAACAAGUCGCAAUCGUGAGAUAUCUUUCAAAAACUUUGCACGACCAGCAGCAUUUAAUACAAAUUCAGUUAGUAUUCUCUUCAUUAUGAACAUUGACACGGCUAUUUGUACAAAAUCAUCGACAUCAUUUGCUGAAGUAAGCAAAGUUGGCUACUACAAAGAUAAAGAGGAAGAAAUACUUUUUACAACACAUGCGAUUUUUCGUAUCGAUCGCAUUGAACGAAUUCACGAUAAUCACUCUGAUAGGCUAUACGAAGUUAAUCUCACUCUAGUGGAUAAUCAAGAUGAUGACUUUAACAAACUUACAGCACAUAUACGCGAAGAUGUCAACUCGAAAGCACCAAAACGAGGAUGGUCACAACUAGCUUUCAUACUUCUCAAACUGGGCGAGCCUGCAAAAGCUGAGAAGCUCUACAAGAUACUUCUCCCACAGGCAACUUCUGAUACGGCUCGAGCAGAUUACAACCAUAAACUUGGUUGGGCGUAUUAUGACAUGGGCGAGUACUCGAAAGCACUUUCAUCGUACGAACGAUCACUUGAAAUCCGUAAAAUAGCUCUCCCUCCGAAUCAUCCCGACUUGGCUUCUUCCUACAACAACAUCGGUAAUGUGUAUAAUAAGAUGGGCGAGUACUCAAAAGCACUUUCAUCGUAUGAACGAUCACUUGAAAUCCGUAAAAUAGCUCUCCCUCCGAAUCAUCCCGACUUGGCU